AUGUCUCAAAACACCUUCCUACGAAAAGCUGCCUUCUCCGUCAGAACUUGCAGACCAGGCAGUCAAGCUUGGUCACAGGUAGUCAUCCGCAACUAUCUUGGCGAAGCUGGAGAAGGAUCAAAGUCAUUGUCGGCCAAAGAGGAAACUCUUUUGAAAAUUGCAAAACCGAAGGCUGAAGAGAUUUUCCAAAAACACAUUGAACUACCUGGUGUCGACAUCGAAACUCGUCGAAAGAGACUUGUCUAUCGAUCAAAGCAGCGCGGCUGGUUAGAAGUCGAUCUCCUGCUCGGAACUUGGGCGAGUGAUCAUGUCUCGAAGCUAAAUGAGGACGAGUUGGAUCAAUACGAAGACUUUGUCAAUAUGGAGACUAUAGACAUUUACAAUGUCAUCACACUAAGACUUGAUGUACCAGAAUCGAUGAAACGCGACGGGAAUGGCGUUGUGGAAAGAAUCCAGGAGUGGGCAAGAUCAAGUCCUCUUGGAAAGGCGGAUCCUGAAAAGUACCGUGAAGUGAAGACGGACAAAAAUCUGAUCUAA